AUGGCCCCAGGGGCCUGUGGGAAGUUGGUCGCCACCUCCAGGCUCAGCGGGGGCCUGUAUGCAGCAGUGUAUUCAACUGGGACGUUUUCCCUGUCCUUCUGCAGGCCCAACGUCGUUCCCCAGUUCUGUGACGUCCCCUCUCUGCUGAAGAUCACCUUACCUGUGCAUUUCCGGGCCGUGCUGAGGAUGCCGGCCACUGAGGGCAGGACAAAGGCCUUCUCCACCUGCCUGCCCCACCUUGUCGUCUUCACUGUUUUCGUCUCUGUGGGUUUAUUUGUCUACAUCAAGCCACCCUCAGACUCCUCCUUGGUCGUGGAUUUGCUGGAGCUUCAGCUGAUCCAGGCCGCGCUGUUCCUCCUGGUUUACCUGGCGGCACUGUCUGGGAAUCCCCUGAUCAUCGACAUCACCUUCUUCUGUGUUGUCUCCUCCCUGCUGGAGAUCACUUACUCCGAGGGCCACAUCGCCAACAAUGUGAGCAGGACCGUCGGGGGAGCUUUAGCCGUCAUAAGCUUCGUCUCUAUCAUCAUCUCUUACAUGUACAUCUUCUGGGCCAUGCUGAGGAUGCCGGCCUGUGAGAGCCGGACCAAAGACUUCUCCAACUGCCUGCCUCACCUCGCCAUUGUUAUCACUGUCAUUUUGACAGCCAUCACCGCCCACCUGAAGCCACCCUCAGAGUCCUCCUCAAUGGUGGAUCUGCUGGUGUCUGUGUUUUACUCAGUGGUACCCCCUGCAAUGAACCACCUCAUCUAG